AUGCCUCCCAAAAAGCGCAAAGUUGACUCUAACGCACCUCACUUCGGUCCCUUCCCUGAGUUUCAAGACCAGCAAUCUCCUCCAUCCAAGAGGAGCCGUGUAGCUUCAACAGCUCAGCCCAUGGUUGAUCAGCUUUCAAUACACGAAGAGAAUGUAACUACCGCCUCAGAUAAGCCAAUUAAGGUCCGAGAAACCGAUAUUACCUUCUUCGGAGGUGCCAUCUCCAUUUCAUCUUCAGGAGCGGCAAAACCUGAAUCACCAUCUCAAUCCCCAUCACUAUUGCUCCCAAAACCCGACCUCCUACCACCUAACCAACCCCCUCGCGCAAUCCGUGUUGCCAAGCGGAGCAACCCUAGAUCUAAUACGAAUCCGGGCUCCCGUUACUACGGCCGACGCUACAAAAUCACCAUGGAUAGCCUUGGAGAGGAACAGACCAGUCCGGAAGAUAUACAGGCCCUGAUAGCGACGUUUAGCACCGCUAAUUCGCACACUUUCGGUAUAUGGGGCUUGGCAAGUGAAGGUGGUAUUGUCGGAGAGAUUCAGCGGCCGGGAGGAUCCAAGGACGAGAGGAAUGAGGAGGAAGGGUUGGGGGAGGAAAGGGGAAGGAAAAUGGUGGGAGGGGGAGCUUGA